AUGGCGCACCAGAAGCGGAGCCGGGACCAGGCCUGGCCGGAGGAGGCGGGCGACAAGGAGCACGGCCUGUACAGCCUGCACCGGAUGUUCGACAUCGUGGGGACGCACCUGACCCACCGGGACGUGCGGGUCCUCUCCUUCCUCUUUGUGGACGUUAUAGACGAUUACGAGCGCGGCAUGAUCCGCACGGGGCGGGACUUUCUGCUGGCCCUGGAGAGGCAGGGCCGCUGCGACGAGACAAACUUUCGCCAGGUGCUCCAGCUGUUGCGGAUUAUAACGCGGCACGACCUGCUACCGUACGUCACCCUGAAGAGGAGGCGGGCCGUGUGCCCGGAUCUUGUAGACAAAUACCUCGAAGAGACUUCCAUUCACUACAUGACGCCGCGAACGCACAGCAGCGGAGAGUCCAGCACGGAGCACCUGCGCUCGCCUGCACCCCCCCAUCACCCGGUGGUGUGCUCCCCUUCCUCUGGACCCCAAAUCUGCACUAAGAGGCCAGGACGGGGAAGACCGCCCCUCAGCAGCCAGAAGAAGAGGAGGAAAUCCAUCACACCAGACCCAAAGGAGAAGCAAACCUGUGAUAUCCGCCUGCGGGUCCGGGCCGAGUACUGCCAGCACGAGACGGCACUACAAGGCAACGUGUUCUCCAACAAGCAGGACCCCCUGGAGCGCCAAUUCGAACGCUUCAACCAGGCCAACACCAUCCUAAAGUCCCGGGACCUGGGCUCCAUCAUCUGCGACAUCAAAUUCUCCGAGCUCACCUACCUGGACGCCUUCUGGCGCGACUACAUCAACGGCUCUUUGCUGGAGGCACUGAAAGGCGUCUUCAUCACGGACUCCCUCAAGCAGGCGGUGGGCCACGAGGCCAUCAAAUUACUGGUCAACGUGGACGAGGAAGACUACGAAAUCGGCCGCCAGAAACUGCUUCGGAACUUGAUGAUGCAAAGCACGCUGUGA